CUUCUUCUUAUUCUUCAUCUUCUUUACUGCGAUUUUCUCCUUUUUAAAAGGAAAAAAACUCAUCCUUGAAUGAACGGUGGUGCAUGGAUGUGGAACCCUAACAAAGUUGAAGAAUUAAUGGAGGAUGAUGAUGAAUCUUGGGAAGUGAAAGCCUUCGAGCAAGACACUAAAGGCAAUAUCUCUGGUACCACUUGGCCUCCAAGAUCUUACACUUGCAAUUUCUGCCGCCGUGAGUUCCGUUCUGCUCAAGCCUUAGGCGGACACAUGAAUGUCCACCGCCGUGACCGCGCCUCAUCUAGGGCUCAUCAGAGUCACACCGCUGCGGCUAGAGGAGGCGGCACAGUGGGUGGCACGACGUUACUCAACUCUUGUGUUCCGCCAACGACGACGCUUAUAAUACAAUCCACGGCGACUAACAUUGAAGGUUUGUCCCAUUUCUACCAAUUGCAAAACCCUAAUGGCAUGUUUGGUAAUUCCAGUGAUAUGGUGAAUUUCUAUGGUGCGACGUCGAUUCCUUCGAGCAACCUUGCGUUUUCGGUGUUGAAUUCGCCCGUAGAGGUUCCUCCUCGGCUUAUAGAAUAUUCGACAGGAGACGAUGAGAGCAUUGGCUCGAUGAAAGAGACGACAGGGGCAUCAGUGGAUGAGCCUGAUCUUGAACUUCGACUAGGGCACUAUCCACCGUGACAUUUCAUUUUCAUGAUUCACUUGAGCCAUUUCACAUUCAUAUCUAUUCAUACAGGUUCUUUAAUUAAUCUUUACAUGUUGUUGUUAAAUUCUGAAUCAGCUUUGGCUUGAAUUGUGUAUCACAAUUAUAUUCAUUCGAUUUUAUGG